UGCGAGUGGAACGACCAGUCGCCAGUUUCCAAGCAGCUGUAGUUGUUGUCGGACGCCCGAAUGUGCUUUUUGUCGGCGGAAAUGUCGUGAGUUUGACCCCAAGAUGAAUUUUUACAAGCGAGGGAUGAUUUUCGUCACCUUCCUGGGGUGCUGCUUGGCCCUGGGGUUGUUGGUGGGUGCGCUCGGCACGCCGUACUGGGUGCUCUCCACGGCCGAACGCAUUCCCAACACCGAAAAGUCGGACGGCAGCAUCCACUUUGGCAUCUUCACGGGCAGAAAGAGCCUGAACGUCGGCUACGGCACCAGGACCACCGAAUUCCAAGUCGAGGAACUUAUGCUGUUGGACGCGGACGCAUUUGCCUUGAACAGAGUUUACUGGUGGGGCACCGUGGGCGGACUGACCGCCGGCCUCCUUCUGGCCACCCUUUCUGCCAUACUGGCCGCCCUGAACACGGCGGUCACCCCUGCCAGCGCCUUGCCAGGCAUCCCCGGCAUUUACCUCUGCAACUCUUUGGCCGUCGCGGCCAAUGUUGCAACUCUGGCCUUUUGGGGUGUUGCCUUCCACAAAUCCUUCCAGUACAACGUGCUAACAAGAGAGGAUUUGGAAAAUCAUUGGACUACAGAUGGAAAAGCGUAUUUUGGCUUUUCUUUCUGGCUCGUGAUUGGAGCUGCAGUUGUUCAUAUUUUGAACAUUUUAAUUCUGGCCAUCGGCACCAGAGACAGAGAGUCGCGCUCGACAGUAACGCCUGUCGUAGAGGAAAAGACCAACGGGGCCAUCAUGUUGUACUAAAUAAUUAACACAUCAAAAUUAGAAUAAUUGUAUUGCAAGCGAUUUCGAAGUGAAAACCAAACUAAUUGAAAAUGCAUAAACGUGUAGCGUAAAAGUGCUGAAAAAAAUAAUAUGAAUUUAUGAUUCUAGACUAUAGCUUGUAAGAAUGUGCCUCAUAAAUAGUUGGUCCAAAUUUUAAUUUUAAGCAAAGAGAUACUUUUGUAAUAAAUGCAUCUCAAAGACUAAUCUUGUAAUUUUAUACAACUGAAUUAAGGAAAUAUUGAAAAUAUUAUAAUUUCUGGUAAUUCUAUGCAACAAAGAGAGACAUCGAAAUGUAAUAAGGAAAUAACAUUAUAUUUUAAACAAAUAAAAAAAAUUAAAUCUGAGAUCUACUAAAUUAAUUUAGUGUAUACUUCUUACCAUAUUGCAACCAACCUUUUAGAUAACAAUAUUAUGUUGCAUUGACACAUAUAAGCCGUUUUAUAAAAAAGCCAAGUGAUUGAAAAUGAGCAUUAUGAUGAUAAUAUUGAAAAAUAAAUCAUUAAUUAUUGCUUUGUGCCUUUCUUGUGCAUUAUAGCAUUAUGAUACCUGAUUGGCUCGUUCUUCUACUCAAAACAAAAUAAAAACGAACACCAUGCAGAGCA